AUGGCGGAAAAAAUCACCGAAGAACAGGUCGACGACCUGCAGAAGAUCCUACGCAGCGAGGCCAGCGUCGACCAAAAGGUCCAGCACGUCACUGGCAUCAAGUCCGGCAUCAAGCAGCACAACGUUCCCGAUGCCCUCGUACCACUAAUUUUCGACGGUCUCCGUACCGCCUCUACCUCGCCGCACGCCGUCCUCGUCAACGCCGGCUUCACGGCCCUCAACCACCUCCUGACGAGGCUAUCGAGACAAGAACCAAAAUACAUUACCAAGGAUGCGAAACACACACUUCCGCUGGUCAUUGACAAGCUCGGCGACCCCAAGGAUAAGUUCAGGAGCCUCGCAUCGCAGGCACUGACCACCAUCUACACGGCCGCGCCCAUGGAUGUCGAGCGCUCGGUGAAGAAUGUUGCCAUGGUUGGUAAGAACCCGAGGGCAAAGGAGGCCAGCAUGCACUGGCUGUUGUACAUGCACCAGGAGCACGGCACUCAGUUCCGCGCGUACGUCCCGACUCUCAUGGAGCUGCUCGAGGACGCUGAUGGCAUGGUGCGCGACGUCGCUAAGAGCACUGUAAUUGAGCUGUUCCGGAAUGCUCCCGGCGCGGCCAAGUCCGACCUCAAGAGACAGCUAAAGAACUUCAAUGUUCGCCCCGCUAUUGAACAAGCCAUCGUCAAGGAGCUUGCGCCUACGGCUGCCGAUCGACCAAAGACUCCAGGCCUCGAUGCUCCGGCGCCUGCCCCUCGACCGAAGCUCGCCGCGAGUGUGUCAUCAGUUGCGAGCGAACGACCCGUCACUCCAGCCCCCGAAACGCGAAGCGAGGUCGAGCCGUCAUACGCCAACUCCCAGCGCGAAUUAGACGACAUCUUUAGGGAAAUGAUGACGUACUUUGAGGGCAGGGAAUCGGAGCAAAACUGGCUGAAGCGCGAAGAGAGCAUGACAAAACUGCGAAGGUUGAUUGCCGGCAACGUCCCCCAAGACUUUCCCGACGCCUUCAUGUUGGGUUUGAAGGGGCUGCUUGACGGAAUAAUCAAAGCCAUCACCUCGCUACGGACCAGUCUUUCAAAGGAGGGCUGCAACUUGGUACAUGAUAUCGCCAUGACCUUUGGCCCCGGCAUGGAUCCUUUGGUGGAGCUUCUUAUGCAGACCUUCAUCAAACUAGCCGCGGCAACGAAGAAGAUUGCUUCCCAGCAGGCUGAUGCCACAGUCAACAUCAUCAUCAGCAAAGUCACCUACAGCUCGCGCAUCAUGCAGCACAUCUGGGGUGCAUGCCAGGACAAGAAUGUCCAGCCCAGAACGUAUGCGACUGGUUGGCUGAAGACGAUCCUGACCAAGGAGGCCCAUCAUAAGAGUCACAUUGAGCACGGCGGCGGAUUGGACCUCGUGGAGAAAUGCAUCAAGAAGGGUCUCAACGACGCGAACCCUGGCGUCAGAGAGCGCAUGCGUGCCACCUUUUGGGUGUUUGCCAAAAUUUGGCCACCCAGGGCGGAUAUGCUCAAGGAUACGCUGGAACCAACUGCGCAGAAGCUCCUCGACAAGGACCCCAACAACCCCAACGCCCCUAAGAGGGAAGUCGAGGCUACACGCGCCAGACCAGGUCUGGGCUUGUCCAAGAGCACGAUGGGCACUGGAAAGCCGACCUUGCGUGAGACUAUGAUGGCACAGAAGAAGGCGACGAUGACGACGGCAGCAUCACAAAAGUUGCCGCCUCGCCCGGGCUCUGCAAUGGCCAAUUUAUCUCCUGUCCGACCACCACAAGCGGCCUCCAGCUCGUCAACUGGCCUGGCACCAUCUGCCAAGCCGACUGCCUCAGGGGGCAUGUCUGUCCGGCCCAUGAGACCAACCAAGAGGAGGCCAGAAAUGGCGGCACGACCCGCGACGGCCGGGCCCUAUUCAGUACGCACACACGAUGGACCCUCCGCUGAGGCAUCCAGCCCCGAAAACCCCAUGUCUCGGAGCACCACAACGAGGCCGAAGACCGAAGCUUCCCCACGGAGAGCCCAGAGUAGGCCUCGUGCUGCAACAUCUCAUGCGUCACCCGGCGCCAAGUCAACCCUUUCGAAGUCUGUAUCUUCCCCUCGCGACUCACCUCGAACAAGUCCUGCGAAGCCCAAGAGGAUGCAGACUACGAUCCCAACGAGUAGCCCGUCUAGGGACAACGAAGAUCUUUCGCUAGUGGUGCCGAGCCUCGCGAGCUUGAAGUCGCCUCCGACUUUGGAUCAACGGCAAAGAGCCGCGACAGAAGAGCCGACAGUACCAGACUUUGAGGCAGAAGCGCCGGCGGAAGUUUCGGCGGAGAUUCCUUUGCCGAAGGCCGAGCCAGCACAAGAACCCUCUCCUGAGCCCGUGCCUGAGCCCACUCCGGAGCCUGCCGAGCAAUCUCCAGCAGAACCUGAAGACGAGGUUGCUGUGGAAGCUCCAGCUGAGACAUCACCCGAAGCUCCCACGACUGAGACUGAAGAGGCGGCGGUUGAGGAGAUCCUGGAAGCUCCUGCUGAGAUUGUGGCGGGAGGACUAGCCCCGUCUCCUGUUAUAGAGGAGAUGACCAAGGCUGAACCGGAGCCUGCGCCCACGAAUGGACUCAAAGUGUUCGAGGACCCCUUUGUUGAUGACGGUACGAUUGCCAACCCGGACAUCACUUCUCCCGUACUGGAAGACAAGCCUGUGAACGAGGUUGCUGUGCCAGCGCCGAGCAACGGCUUUGAGGCCAACGGCACUCCAGAGACCCCCGAGAAAGCCCGUCAGACGUCGAGACUGCUCGAUAGUGGUGUUACGAGGGUCAAGGCGAAGUCUUUGGACGUCCACGGCUUCAGGAAGCUACAGUCAAUCAUCAGAGAUAACAAGGCUGUGUUCACGGAUGAGAAGUUCGAAGCGCUGCUCCGCGGACUGUUUGAGUACCUAGAGUCCCCCCUAGAGACCCUCGCGCCGGAGAGGGUUCAGGAUGUCAAGGCACAGAUCCUCGCAACGAUCAAGCUUUUACUCAAGAAGGAACGGGACAACUUCCAACCACACGUCUCACGAGGCCUCGAGUCUCUCGUGUCAACACGCAGCGCAUAUGACUCACGCACCCGCAUCGUCAGCGGUCUGGAGCUCCUCGCAGAAGAGCUUGUAGCUCUCGGAGACCCACCCGAGAUUGUUGUGGUCAUGACCAAGCUUCUGCAAAGCAAACAGGACACGACGAUUGAGGGCAGCCGCUGUCUCGCUACAGGCCUACAUGUGCUGAAGGAGCUUCUCGACAAGCGUACUGGCUUCACGCCCUCGGACAACGAGCUCGCGCAGCUUGCCGGCCUCGCCGGCCGCUGUCUCGAGUCAACGGACUCUGGCGUUCGCAUGGGCGCCGUGCAACUCUGCGUUGCUCUGCACGCGCGGAUUGGGGAUGCGCCGUUCUGGGAGCUUAUCAAAGGCGCCAAGGACGACCCGAAGAAUCUCAUCACGUACUACAUCGCGAAGCAUCAACGAGAGAGCAGCGUCGGAGCCUAG